AUGACUGGUAAAUUUCCCUCUUCCUGUGAAGAAAAGGCUGUUGCACUGUUGGCAGUAUAUCGGGCUUCUCCUUUAGCAACACACUCUCUGCUGUCUUUCCAAGAGCUGCGUGCUCUCUCCUCACACAUCUGUCCGGAUGAAAGCUCGCUCUGCCUGGCUCUGCUGCAGCUACAGAGAGAGAAACAUGUCACCGUCUCACUCCAUGAAGGCGAGAAGCUGGUGAAGUUUAGUCAGGCAGGACAGGGCCGUGUGUCUUCCGUCAGCGAGGUGGACCUGGGCAUCUAUCAGCUCCAGCGCAGCGAGAAGCUUCUGGAGGAGAGGGUGGAGGCGUUGGGACAGGAAGCAGAAAAGUGUAAGCAGCAGGCAAAAUCGCUGCUUAAAGAGGGAAAGAAAUCACAGGCCCUGAGAUGUUUACGUGGGAGCAAGCGGGUGGAGAAGAAAGCAGAUCGUCUGUUUGCUCAGCUCGAGACGGUCAAGGGGAUCCUGGACAGAAUAGCAAACUCCCAAACUGACCGCCUGGUGAUGCAGGCAUACCAGGCAGGUGUGGCGGCUCUGAGAAUCUCACUGAAGGGUGUGACUGUGGAGCGAGCAGAGAACCUGGUUGAUCAGAUACAGGAGUUAUGCGACACUCAGGAUGAAGUCAACCAGACUCUUGCCAGUGGGGCGUUGGAUUCUGGUGAGGAUUCAGAGGAGUUUGAAGAGGAGCUGAAGUCAUUAUUGGAGAAAACCAUCCCAGAUAACGACGUGCUCCCAGUGGUCCCGACGCAUCCUAUUUCUCCAAGGAAAACGGGUAUCCCGGAUGCUGAUUUUGUCCGGUCUCUGCCCUCUGUGCCUGAUUCCAGUCUAGGCAUCACAGAUGAGGAGCUGGACAGAGAACUAAGUCGACUUACAGUCUCUGACACAGCUCAGAGGAGGCCGGAGCCGGCACAGUGACCGACCGCUCCGCACAAGCAGCCACUAAAAUGGCUUAAUCACUAUCCA